CUUGACUUCCGGCUCACCUAGCGUUUCCUCCCGGCAUUUUCUUUUGUCGUCACGGGGUAGGAUUUGUACUUCCGGGUUGGUGGAUGACCUUGAGGCUUCAAAAGCGAGAUGGCGGCUGUUUUGAGGCUGAGUGUCCUCUGCGGUGUCCAAGGAGCCCGAGGUCUGUUCCUUCGAACUACAGUGGUCAAACCUGCUCAUGUCUCAGCAUUUCUCCAAGACCGAUUUUCUCCAGGGUGGUGUGGAGCACAGCACAUUCAUGUGUCACCAAGCCGUCAUUCUGGUUCCAAGGCUGCAUCUCUCCACUGGACUAGUGAGAGAGUAGUCAGUGUUUUGCUCCUGGGCCUGCUUCCAGCUGCAUAUUUGAAUCCUUGCUCUGUAGUGGACUACUCCCUGGCUGCAGCUCUUACUCUCCACAGUCACUGGGGUCUUGGACAAGUUGUUACUGACUAUGUUCACGGGGAUGCAUCACAGAAAGCUGCCAAGGCAGGCCUUUUGGCACUCUCAGCUUUAACCUUUGCUGGGCUUUGUUAUUUCAACUAUCAUGAUGUGGGUAUAUGCAAAGCUGUUGCCAUGCUGUGGAAGCUCUGAUCUUUUGGACUUAAUACCUUAAGAAUUGAUUGUACGUCUCUUUGCCUCUGCUCUGUCAUGCCUAUCAGCUCACAGUAAGCAAAAAAUAACGGAUUAGGGACGGGGAUUUAGCUCAGUGAUUCUGGCACCUGCCUCGCAAGCACAAGGACUUGAGUUCGAUCACCAGUACCAAAAAAACCCCAACAGAAAACAAAAACAGAUAGGUCCAUUGGCCCUUAUCACAUGGUUAUUUUCAGAAUUUUAAUUUUGAGGAAAAGAUUUGAGAGGAAUUAUAUCCAAGAAAUAGUGAGAUUGGGGCUGGGGAUUUAGCUCAGUGGUUUUGCUGUCUGCUACAUAAACGCAAGGAUCCGAGUUCGAUCCCCAGUACCAAAAAAAAAAAAAAAAGAAAUAGACUGAGUUGUAUAUUUUGGUGAUGUUGUACCCAGUGCGAAA